UUGCCCUCAGCAAAGAUGGCGGCGGCCACGUCCGCGCUGCACGCCCUCGCUCAAGAUGGUGCCGCCCUCGACAAAGAUGGCGCAGCCCACAACAAAGAUGGCGCCCACGCUUCACUCAAUACCCGCCUUGCCCUACACCAAGAUGGCGCCCCCGCCCUCAACCUCUUCCCGCGCUGCAUCGCUCUGAUUGGCCACGCUUUGCCCGCGCUUCAUCCCGAUUGGCUCCGCCUCGGGAAGUGGGCGUGGCGUGCGCACAUGGCGGCGAUGGCGGGCGGCGUGUCCGGGAGGACGGACCCGUUCCCCGGGCCGGCGCCGGUGCCGCGGGCCGGAGUGAAGCGAUUCCUGCGGGACAGCGGCGAGAAAGCGCCCCGCGCCGUCGCCCCCCGGCUCCGCUGGCACCUGAAAAAUUUGGGAAUUCGGGAAAAGUCGGCGGCGGAAAAAGCGGCGAGAUGGGAACCGCUGCUGCCCGAGGAGCCGGGGUUCCUGGAGGCGGGGCCGGGGCAGGACUCGGCGCGGAUCCCGCAGAGCGAAAUCGCCCAAAACGUCGACAUCAACAGCGCCACAAAGCGCUUUGAGCUGCGCCUGGAGCAGUUCGGGCCCUACAGGCUGGACUACAGCCGGAACGGCAGGCAGCUGGUACUGGGAGGCCGCUGGGGUCACGUGGCCGCUCUGGACUGGGCCCAGCGGCGCCUCCUGAGCGAGUUCAGCGUGGGAGAACCAGUGCAGGACCUCAGGUGGCUGCACAGCGAGGCGCUGCUGGCGGUGGCGCAGCGUCGCUAUCUGCACAUCUACGACAGCCAGGGCCUGGAGAUCCACGUGCUGCCGGAAUUCCAGGGAAUCCUGCGCCUGGAAUUCCUGCCCUGGCACUUCCUGCUCGCUGCCGUGAGCUCCCGCGGUUUGCUGCGUUUCCUGGACGUGUCCGAGGGCCGGGCGGUGUCCUCGCUCCGUUUGCGCUGCGGCCGCGCGGCCGCCAUGGCCCAGAGCCCCGCCAGCGCCAACGUCCUGCUCGGACACGCCAACGGAGUGGUUUCCAUGUGGACGCCCAACACGGAGGAGCCGGUGCUGCGGCUGCUGGCGCACCGCGGCUCCGUGCGCGGCCUGGCCGCCGACGCCGCCGGCAGGCUGCUGGCCACGUCGGGGCUGGACCGGAAAAUUCGCAUUUUCGACCUGCGGAAUCUGGGGGUGCUGCAGGAGUGGGGGGUCCCGGCGGGGGCGGCGCUCCUCGACUUCAGCCAGAGGGGAUUGCUGGCGGCCGCCUGCGGGGACCUGCUGCAGAUUUACCCCAAAUCCGGCUCGGUUCCGUCCCCCCGCCCGUUCCUGUGUCACCGCCUGCCCGGCCCCGCCCGGGGGCUGCGGUUCUGCCCCUUCGAGGACGUGCUGGGGGCGGGACACGGGCGGGGGUUCAGCAGCGUCCUCGUGCCAGGGGCGGGGGAGCCGAAUUUCGACGCUCUGGAGAACAACCCGUACCGCAGCCGCCGCCAGCGCCAGGAGUGGGAGGUGAAGGCGCUGCUGGAGAAGAUCCCGGCGGAGCUGCUGACCCCUGACCCGGCUCUGCUCGGCCGCGUCGACGGCGCCGCCCUGGAGCAGAAACGGAGCGACAGGAUCCAGCGCCUGGGCUUCGAUCCCGACUCCCAGCCCAAAUUCCGGCCGCGGCGGCGCCUGAAGGGCCGGGAUCCGGAGCGGCGCCGGCGGCAGCAGCGGCACCAGAGCCUGCGGGCCCAGAUCCAGAAGAGUUUGGAGCAGAAGGAGAAGGAGAAAAACGAGGAGGAGCCCCCCCGAAAAAAGAGGAAAAUUCUCCAAAAAUCCGGGAAAAAAAUGGGGGAAAAA